AUGUCCGACACCGACUCUAGCCCCAAGCGGAGCCCGUGGUGGACGCGGUUUCGCGAGAGUUCGCGUUCGUACUCUCACCCAGACCCAUGGAUCCGCCGCAAGAUUGUCGUCAUCUUUGUGCUCGCCCUCGUAGUGUGGGCGGGCUACGUCGCUAUCGGGCGCACCUUGGUCCCGGCUAUCCGACGCCGCCCGGGUGCGACAUACUCGCGCGACGUGGGAAUUGGGCUGCUCGUAACCUUCCUGAUCCUGUAUAUCAUGUUCAUCUGGUCGUAUCUAGCGAUCAUCUUGACAGGGCCAGGGUUUGCAAACGCGUUCGUCCCAGAAACAGAAGAUCCCUCGUGGCAGACAGCCAACUUGACACGCCCACAGCCGCCACGCAUGUCCGAGUCGACCUGGCUGGGGGACCCCGCAAUUCAAGACAUCCCAUCAAGACCCGACGAAUUGCCGGACCAGUACCAAGACAAUCAGUUCAUGUUGCCGCCUCCUCCGCCACCCGCUAUGCCCGCCGGACACGAGCUUCCGAUGACAUUCACUGGCGGCUCAGUCCGCGAAUCCCAUCCUGUCGAUCUCAUGUCGUUCGACGGUCGUUCUUCUCAGAUGAGGCCUGCGUACCCAUCUACAUCACGCCCUCCUCCUGCUACCCAGAGGGUACCUGCCGCCGUGCAGCUGGCCCCGGUUCCCACCGGCUCUCAAUCGUCCUCUGCGACGCCAGCCUACAAGGCCUCACGGAUACCUCGACCAACGCCGCCCGUGCCUCUAGAGCGCAGGUGGUGCCCGCACUGCAAGAUCAUCAAGCCGGACCGAACACACCACUGCCGCCAUUGCGGAACUUGUGUUCUCCAGUUUGACCACCACUGCGUUUGGGUCGGGCAAUGUGUCGGAUGGAGGAACCACGCAGUAUUUAUCACGUUCUGCUUCUGGGCCGGCUUGUUCUGCCUCUUCAGCACUGCCGUUCUCGUAGUGGACUCAUGUCUCGCGGACGAGGUCGACGGCCAGAAGAUCGCCCUGAUCACCAUGUACGUGAUCGAUUCGUACCAAACGCUGAGGCCCAGUGCGGGCAUCCUGUUCAUCUUCACACUCCUCAUGAUGCUCCCGACCCACGUCUAUCUCAUCUUGGUGGGGAGGUCGACGAUUGAGUCCUUCGAGACUGGCACCCAACAGAGGGCGGAGGAGGCGGCGCUAAAGCUCGAGUUCAACAAUCCCAUGUGUCCAACCAAGGACGUACGUGCGGUCCGGAAGGAAUGGAAAGAAGAGUAUGGCGGGGUCGCGGUCAACGACCGUUGGCGAGUGGGACGGGCGAGAGACCGGUGGAGGCAGGAGAUGGGCAAGUCGCCCGUCGGAUGGGUCUUACCGAUCGGGCGCCCGCUAGGCGAUGGUAUCCAAUACCAGCAAAAUCCACGCUUCGGACCAAACGGCGAGUGGUUGCCCAUGCGCCUGUGGCCAUCAGAGGUGGCGAGAGAACGCUGCCCUAUAAUGUUUGGGAUGUGA